GUUAUCUGAGAUGGUGUAUUGAAGAACUAAGUUUUCCAAGAUGAACAAAGUAAAAACAACAUCUGAGAAAAGUCUUACUAACAAUUCUCGGAUUGUGGGUCUGCUGGCACAGCUAGAGAAGAUCAAUUCAGAAACUUUGUUGGUAGAAGCAGACACUGCCAGAUAUGUUACCUCAAAGAUCCUUCAUCUGGCUCAGAGUCAAGAAAAAACCAGGAAGGAAAUGACUGCCAAAGGUUCCCCAGCAAUAGAAAUUAUCCUCUCAACAUUAGAGAAUACAAGAGAUCUUCAGACUACUCUAAAUAUAUUAAAUAUCCUCAUUGAAUUGGUGUCAGUUGGUGGUGGUCGGAAAGCAAGUGUCUUAGUUUCUAAAGGAGGGAUGCAGAUCUUAUUGCAGUUACUUUUGAGUGCCGGCAAAGACUCCCCACCAAAUGAGGACUUAAUGGUGCAGCUUCAUUUCCUUCUUGCAAAAAUUGGUCCAAAAGAUAAAAAAUUCGGAGUAAAAGCUAGAAUCAGCGGCACACUAAGCAUAUCUCUGAAUUUGGUGAAACAGAAUUUGCAGAACCACAGGUUAAUACUGCCAUGUCUUCAAGUACUAAGAGUAUACUCAACCAACUCUGUAAAUGCAGUAUCCUUGGGGAAAAAUGGAGUUGUGGAACUGAUGUUCAAGAUCAUUGGCCCUUUUAGUAAAAAGAAUACUGGCCUUAUGAAGGUUGCUUUAGACACACUUGCUGCAUUGCUAAAAUCAAAAACGAAUGCCAGGAGAGCGGUAGACAGAGGAUAUGUCCAUGUGCUUUUAACAAUUUAUGUAGAUUGGCACCGUCAUGAUAGUCGACACAGACACAUGCUGAUCCGUAAAGGAAUCUUACAGUGUAUUAAAAGUGUUACAAAUAUCAAGUUGGGAAGGAAAGCGUUUAUUGAUGCCAAUGGGAUGAAAAUUCUUUACAACACUUCCCAAGAUUGCCUUACUGUGAGAACUCUUGAUCCUCUAGUCAACACAUCAAGUCUAAUAAUGAGAAAAUGUUUUCCUAAAAACCGUCUUCCACUACCAACUAUUAAAAGUGCUUUUCAUUUCCAACUACCAGUUAUCCCUAUUAGUGGUCCUGUGGCUCAGAUGUACAGUUUGCCUCCUGAAGUGGAUGACGUAGUAGACGAAAGUGAUGACAAUGAUGACAUCGAAACAGAAAGUGAGAUUGAAAAUGAAAACGAAGAUGACAAGGACCAACUCUUUAAGAACGAUGAUAUAGAGACUGAUAUUAACAAAUUGAAACCAAGGCAAGAAUUGGGACGACCCGUAGAAGAACUAAAAAUGUAUGAACAAUUUUUCCCAGAGCUUGCAGAUAACUUUAAGGACUACGACUUAGUCUCCAAGGAACCAAAGCCUUUUGCAUCUGAUGCAAAUCUAGGUGGACCGAUUGUUGUUCCUACGGCAGGAGAGGAGCAGUCUGUAGAAGCAAAUCACUCAGUCAAGGGAAAUACUGUGAAAGAGAGCAAUCACUUGCAAGCAGGGGAGUGUAAUAAAAGGCCAGCCUUUUUGGAUCUGCCAAAGAAAAAUCGCAACAAAGACAAUAGCUUACAGCAGCAAAGUGAUCAAAAGAAACUGCUUUCGUCAUGCCAGUGCCUAAGCUAUGAAAUAGUGAAAGGCUUGGACAGGAUCACUCUGCAGAAUACUUCAAAAAAUGAACAGUAUUACAAAACGGGGUGUGUGAUGAAGAAAGAAAGCAAAACUAGCCUUACCUCACUCACUUGUAAUAAACCUUGCCAGCAUGUUUCAUCUUGUGGAAGUGUUCUGUUUGAGGGACGAUCUGUCCAGCUGGGAAAGCUGUGCUUCACGAGUGUUGAUCCUGAGGAAGAGGAUGAUUCCAGCUCGCAUUCAUCAGGGGAGCAAGUGAUGCUUGAGGUGCCUGAUAUAUUGCCACUCCAUGACCCUGAUCUUUAUAUUGAGAUUGUGAAAAACACAAAGUCUGUUCCUGAAUAUUCAGAAGUGGCUUACCCAGAUUACUUUGGUCACAUUCCACCUCCAUUUAAGGAACCUAUCUUAGAAAGACCUUAUGGUGUGCAGAGGACAAAAAUAUCCCAAGAUAUUGAAAGACUGAUUCAUCAGAAUGAUAUUAUAGACAGAAUCAUGUAUGACCUUGAUAAUCCCAGUUAUUCAGUGCCAGAAGAGGGAGAGUUUUUGAAGUUCAACUCCAAAUUUGAGUCUGGAAAUCUGCGCAAAGUUAUUCAAAUUAGAAAAAACGAGUAUGAUCUCAUUCUGAACUCAGAUAUAAACAGCAAUCACUAUCACCAGUGGUUUUAUUUUGAAGUCAGUGGAAUGCGGCCAGGCAUUGGUUACCGGUUUAACAUCAUCAACUGUGAAAAGUCGAACAGUCAGUUUAAUUAUGGUAUGCAGCCCCUCAUGUAUUCUGUUCAGGAGGCGUUAAAUUCCAGGCCAUGGUGGACUCGUGUUGGGACAGAUAUUUGUUACUACAAGAAUCACUUUGCUAGAAGUUCAAUUGCUGCUGGUGGUCAGAAAGGAAAAUCCUAUUACACAAUUACAUUCACAGUGAACUUCCCACACAAGGAUGAUGUCUGCUACUUUGCUUACCACUAUCCAUACACGUAUUCAACUUUAAGGAUGCAUCUUCAGAAAUUGGAAUCCAUGCACAACCCUCAGCAGAUCUAUUUUCGACAAGAUAUGCUGUGUGAGACCUUGUCUGGGAACAGUUGCCCUUUAGUCACUAUCACAGCCAUGCCAGAGUCGAAUUACUAUGAACAUAUCUCUCAGUUCAGGAAUCGUCCUUACAUUUUCUUAUCUGCUCGUGUACAUCCUGGAGAGACUAAUGCAAGCUGGGUUAUGAAGGGAACCUUGGAAUAUCUUAUGAGUAACAACCCCGCUGCCCAGAGUUUACGAGAAUCCUAUAUUUUUAAAAUUGUCCCUAUGCUCAACCCAGAUGGUGUCAUCAAUGGAAACCAUCGCUGUUCUUUAAGUGGGGAGGAUUUGAAUAGACAGUGGCAAAACCCAAACCCAGACCUUCAUCCCACAAUUUACCAUGCCAAGGGCUUACUACAAUAUUUGGCUGCAAUAAAACGUUUGCCUCUGGUUUACUGUGAUUAUCAUGGUCAUUCUCGUAAAAAGAAUGUAUUCAUGUAUGGCUGCAGCAUUAAAGAGACAGUGUGGCAUACUAAUGUUAGCGCUGCCUCUUGUGACCUGAUUGAGGACCUUGGUUAUAGGGCUCUUCCUAAGAUUCUCAGUCAGAUUGCCCCAACAUUCAGCAUGAGCAGCUGCAGUUUUGUAGUGGAAAAGUCCAAGGAAUCGACGGCACGUGUAGUUGUCUGGAGAGAGAUAGGAGUACGAAGGAGCUACACAAUGGAGAGCACGUUAUGUGGCUGCGAUCAGGGCAAAUAUAAGGGUUUACAGAUAGGGACACAAGAGCUGGAAGAGAUGGGAGCCAAAUUCUGUGUUGGCUUACUGCGUUUGAAAAGACUGACCUCUCCACUGGAAUUCAAUCUGCCUUCUAGCCUCCUUGACAUUGAAAAUGAGUUGAUUGAAUCAAGCUGUAAAGUAACAAGGUGGUGAUGAUUCUGGCUGAUGUAUCACUCAAGAGGGUGCCCAGAGAAGGCAACUGCUCGAGGUUCCCCGGGUCCAUGUGUUGCUGGGCUUUCAACAGCUCUGGUACCACCAGUGCUCAUGGCAGAAUGGUAUGGGAAAGUACCCUACCAUGGCGCGAGAGACCAAGGCAGCCCAUCCUAGAAAUGUGCAGUCAAAGAGUAAAGAAUGCAAGCUUGAAAACGUCAUCAAGAUUGUGCCAGGGCAAAAGGGAUGCCCUUGAACUCCACAAGUGGAAAAGGGUGGUUUCCACUGCCUACUUCUGCAAGCCAGUACAAAGCCAAGCCACCAUAGCCAGCAGCAUACUGUCUACUUCUUUCUACCCCAUAACCCAAGCACAGCAUGCAAGAAAUUUGUUUUGAAUUUGGACGCUCAUAUUGGAAAACCAAAGCGCUGAGUUUUUACAUGUUUACAUAGCUGGGCUUCCACUGCACUUUCCCCCACAAAAGCCAAGGAAAGCCAGGAUGCCUUUCUGAGAUCAGGCUGCAGCAUGAGGUUUGCCUGAGCUUUCUUUAGCUGCAGCUUUACCUGGUGCCAUACUUGUGCACUGAGGUAGCAAAAGUAUGUUGGCAAAGAUGGGCCAGAAUUCUGUGAACUGGUUGUAAAGGAGGGCCAGUGAUAAACAAAUGCUGCAUGUGCUUUGAGCUAUAUUAGACAAAUGUAGUGUGUGGAAAAAAGAAUUUUGUUGCAUAAAAGGGGAUUUCCAAAUGCUGCUAAUACAGGGUUAAGUUUAUGCAGACUUGUGAAUUAGUUUGUGCUGUAUUUUAUAAGAAAUAGCAUAACCUUUUCUCACUUUGUGGGAACAACGCAUUGUAGGUUAAUCCUUAGGAAUUCAGAAAAAAAACCAACAAAAAUACUGUUGAUCCAUUUUAUCUGGCAUACUGCCUUGUCUAUUAGCCAAUACAUGAUCCUUUUGAGAGAAGAAAGCAAUCAAUAACACACGCAGCCAAUUUUAUAAUACCACAAGCGAGGCCCCAAUUCCCUGCCCUGUGCUUUAUCACUAAAUCACAGUAUGUCUGUAGUAUGUCUCCUUUCAAAAAUUACCAUUUUUUCCCCCAGGAAAAUUUUUUUCCUUCAAUUUUUUUAAAUAGUGAAAGACUACGCUUAAAAGGAGAGGCAGAUAAAAGACACAGCUUAAAAGUUCUCUACUGUACCAUAGAGUGCAGCUAAAUAACUGUUGCUAGAAUUUUUGUGAAGAAAUUCUUCUCUUCCUGACGUGUUUCACAGCUCCUUCCAUAGGUACCAAAAAAUGUUUCCUUCCCAUUCUUCAUAAUGUCUUUACCUAUCAUUGUUAAACUCAAGUCAAUCAUUUUCUGCGACCGCAUACAGAAGCAGUGAAGUACUGUAUAUUUGAAAUCUUAGUAACCGUGGAGGAAUUAAUUACAAACACUACAGGUCACACCCCCAGUUACAUUGGCAUAAAGUUUGUCAGGCUGUUUUUAAUUCAUAAAUAGCCUCUGGAUUGCCACCCCCCAGAAUGACAAUAGAAUUGAAGUGUUGGAGAUCUGCCAUGUUAAAUGCAUUCCAGCUGUUCCUUUUACCCCAGCUAAUUAAAUGAAAACUUGUGGGACCUCACAGGCAUGUGCAGGAUUGUAGGGCUAGUUUGUCAGAUACUGCGUGCAGUGGUUUGUUUUUAAUCCAUUCUGCUUCUGGAUAGUGUAGCUGCCCUUUGUGAGCCCUUCAUUCUACCUAAAAACAGGUGCAUGUUUCUCUACAGUUUCUUCCACUCUACAAGUGGUUAUUUGCAUGGUGUUUAGACUUUGUUAGUAAACUGACCUUUUUAAAAAAAAAGAUUACAAUAAACUGUUGACUCAACUUACAAUAUCUUUUUUCUUUUUGUUCUCUUUAUUUUGAUUUAUGCAAUUAAAAAAAUAGAAUACCUCUAUACUGUGUUUUACAUGCCCUUGAGAACCAUUAUACAUACAGUCCAUGAGAACGUUGAAGACCCCACAUUUAAAAACACAUACCUCUAGGUCUCAAAUUUGAUCUCUUAUCCAUUUUCAAAUGUACGAAAACAUUAUCGUGAUUUUUAAUGCCUGUACCAAUCCUCCUUUUUCUUAAUAAAAAAUAAUCUGUUUAUCCACUAUGGCAGCCACAUGGUAUACUUGGGGAACUACACAGGUCCUAUGAUACAAAAUCUCUAAACUCAAAAUUCCUGUAUUUUUAAGUAAUAGCCACUCAUAAACACCUGUUAUGUUACUGCUGUCACAUGAAGAGUGCGAAGAAGUUUUGAUGAAGACAAUAUAAUAUAGUAAUCUGUUUGCUAAACGCUUUCUACAUCACAGGUGUUAUCUAAACUUUUCCAGGUCAGCAGCUAGUCAUCCUGCUUCCGUCGAUCACAAUAAAUUGUACAGAGGAAAGCAAUUUAUUACAGUAUUCUGUAAAUCAAAUAAUUUAUAUCUAUAUUACUGAAUCAAAAUGCAACUAGGAAAAUGAGACUAGUAGUGAUAGUGCAAAACACAUAUAGCAGAUAGCUGACUGCUCCUAGUUUUCCACUGUGCCAUGUCGGAUAGAGCCUAAUCUUUGCUCUUGUCUUUGCUGCUAAAAAAAAGAUGGUUACUUCCAGUGCAAUAACUAAUAUGCGAUAGUUAUCUCAUUGUAAAAUCCCAGUGGAGACAAGCUCCCACCUUGUAGUUUUUACUGUGAAGCAAGCCGGAGAGGUCAACUCUAUACCCUUCACCCAGGUUUGAUAUUUAUUUUACCUCUUGGUUAAACUACAGUGCCAUGUCUCCAGUAGGAGUUUACAGCAGGAAAGCUAUUGUGCAUUAGUUAUCUCACAGUAAAAACACACUUUUUUAGCAGUGAAGACAAAGCUAGUAUUGGAUCUGCAGUGUUCUGGAGGUAACAGGCUGGUCUCCCCCAUGGGGAUGGAGCACCUCACAAAGGUCUGUAGUGAGCUAAACGCAAGAAGGUAGGGAGCAAUGAACACCUCUUGUCAUUCUCUGAUGCAACAGCUCUACCUACAAUUUGGGGAGUAACAUUAUUGAGCUGUGAGAGAAGUUGCAUUUGGCCUUUGAGGAAGGGACAGCUAACAUCACUGAAAGGUUGGGAAUAAAAGUGAAAAUGUAGGUGGUGUGAUGGGAAAUAACAUAUGGGAUAACACAGGCUCUUUUAAUCAGCCUAAUAAAGUCAAAAUUGUAAGCUGUUCUGUAAAAUGAUGUGGAUAGGUUUCAGAGUAGCAGCUGUGUUAGUCUGUAUUCGCAAAAAGAAAAGGUAGAGAGAGUGAGCAUUGCAGCCAAAUGGUUCUUCAUGAAAGGAAUUGGGCCAGUUAAGAAUGCUUCAGUUAGUGCCACAGGGACAUGGUGCUUCAGUAACUUAUAUUUCCAUAGUUGGGAGCAUUUAGAUUAUGCCUCAGAUCAAGGAACUUGAAGCCAAAUAUUUCAGAUUUUUCUCACUUCUUUCAUUCUUUUUUUUUUUAAAGUCAUGGGAAAUUAAAUGUCUUAAUAUAACAUUAGCAGUCAAGUCAGGAAAUUCUAAAUGUUAAGUUGCUUCCAUUAUGUUCACUUAGUCAUAUUGUAUUAAAAACUGCAAAAUAUAGUACUUUCACAUAUAAACUUGUGUGUGUGUGUGUGUGUAAUAUAAAAUGUGUGGGGAGCAUCCUUUAACUUGUGGAAUAGAUUGGCUUUUAACAACUUGUUUCUGUCUUAAUGCUGCAUUAAAGCUAAUUAAUGUUUGUGUGUGAUUUUUAAAAACUUCUGCCUGUUGAUUGUCAUAACCAGUUCUAUCAGUGUAUACCUUUAAGUCCAGUCCUGUUCCAUUGAUUUCAAUGGCAAAGUUUCCAUUAAAAUCAGUGGGAGCAGAUUCAGAUCCCCAUGGUACAGGGAAUAUCUCUCUGAUUAAAAAAAAAAACAACAAACUUUCAAACCAUCGAUUACUGUUUAAGUGACAUAUGUCGCAUCACUGAAUAACGGCAUAAAACCAAGUGGACCCCCUUUUUAUAAGGGGGUAUUUUGACCUAAUCCUUGUACAUAUACAGCAUAGUCCUAUAAUUUUUCCAUUCUUUUGCAAGAAGCUGUUGGUGAUAUCUCAAAUCAGGCAUUAGUGGAACAGUUUCAUUUCUACUGUACAGCUUUUCUCAUUCAUCAUUCAUGCCUUAAUGACCCCUCACCUAUGGAAUUUGGAGGACGUCUAGUGUUGUUCUGAAGGCUUCAGUAGUAAGUCCCACCCUUCAUCGUAGGCCCCCAGAUUUUCUGCCGCUGUUGGUAGAAAAGUUGGCAAUUCAGUUUCUCCCAACAAUUUUGUAUUCUAACUUUUUAAUUUGCAUUUUUGUGCACUAGCAACCUCUAAUCAGUCAUUCCUCUCCUGAGUUGGGUAUUUGGCAGCGCAGAAGUUUGUUAGCCAGAUGUGCCACUUCAGCACCUCUCUAGGAGUCCUCUGCCACCCUCGGGCAAUGUGAGCUGUCCUGCAAGCACUGCACUGAAUCGAAGCAGCAUUCCCUAUGUGAGGUGGCAUUUACAGGCUCUACAUGGGGUGAAUUACAUAGCCAGCCAACCCUCGCACUGCCAGCAUUCAGGGCUCUGAGUUGUACUGGCAGCUCAGGUCCCCUCCCCUCACUUGAGGAGCUACCUCCAGUGCAGGAAAGAUGGGAACGGGUCUCACUGUCUCUCUACCCUUUCCCUGCUCCAUAGGCUUUGAGUGAACAUUAGAGCAUAGGGAGCACUUCAGAGAUCCAUGAGGAUUUCACUCCCUGUGAAGCAACACCAUUAUGGGAUUAGAGAAGAGUAAGUGAGAAAUCCAUUCCCAUGUUCAAAGUGGCUCCUGAGUAAAGCCCUGAGUGGGACUAGGUUACUCCUAUAGUACUUAUUUGGGUGCUAGUUAGCCUGUGGGAUCAGGCUGGCAACCUUUCGGGUUCCUGGAGACAUCUAGCAACUUACUUCUAUAGACAAUGUAUUUGUACCGGUACUCUUCCUCAGCUGAGUAUAAACAGCCAGGAGAAGUACCGCAUGCACCACGCACCCCAACAAACUUUCUGUGCAGGACUUUUCCAGGACAGGAUGCCAGUGGCUUGCCAGGAAUUCAUUAAUAUUAAUAAUAUAUCUUCCCUUUCAACCUAAUUAGAUGUAUGAUUUCGUAUAGACACCACCUCUGAGGAUAUAAGGUCCAAAUGAGGGCUUCUGAUUAAAACUAAAUGUUAAACUAAAGCAUUAUGAAAUUUCUUUGUUUUUAUCUAACAUUUUGGGAGCCUAGCGUUGGUGCAGCAGUAGCUCCACCUGUAAAAAAGUGAUAUCUUUAGAAAGGGUCUUUCUUCCAAAAGACCCUAUACACCAUAGGAAUGAGAACACACUGUACAGCAAUUUCAUAACCUCAGCAGUAACUAUUCUGAGCAAAGAUUCUUCAUAUACUUAGUAAGGAAAGACUGUUUGGUGGCAAGCAUGUGGCUCAUCAUCUAGGGAUAUGAGCCUUGCUUAGAGUGAGACCUCUUAGGGUCUGUCAUGGUCAAACCCUUGAUGUGAUUUGUGACAAUAGCAAUGGCUUUUAACUUGUUGGCUACAAGGAAGCUGGGUUACACAGAUGCCAUUAUUCUUCCUAAACAGAUAUCUUGUGCAUAUAAGCAUACAGCGAGAAGUUGUUUGGAAGAACAGUAGAGAAAUUAGUAGCUGAGAUAACAGUGAGGGUUGAGGCCUCUAUGAAAGCCAGCAUAAAAAUCCAUUGGUCACUACCAAGCACCCGGGUAUCCAA